ACCUGUCCUCAUGCUUUCUUUAACUUUCAUCGUAACAGGCGCCUCUUUCUCUGCAAAACCUUGCUUUCACAAAUCAACUAUGGCAAUCAGCAUCCUGGACUACGAGCUGCCCUACGACACUCACAACGUCUACGACGUCACCUUCUUCACAGACACUAUCCACACUCUCGUCACCCACUCUCCUCCCCUGGUCGACCAGUGGCUCUCCGAGACUAACCCUAACCAUCGCCCAAUCCUCGUCGGCCUAGAUGUCGAGUGGCGUCCAAACUUCAACCGUCACUUCCAGAACCCUGUAGCCGUUCUCCAGCUCUGCGUCUCUCGACGCUGCCUGAUUUACCAGAUCCUCCACUCUCCGCACAUCCCCCAAUCUCUCAUUGACUGGCUUCGUGAUGCGAACCACAUGUGUGUAGGUGUUGGAAUUGAAAGUGAUGUCGAGAAACUUUUGGAGGAUUAUGGACUGAGUGUAGCGAGUGCGAUGGAUGUGAGGGAGGCUGCGGCGGAGCAUAUGGGGGUGACGGAGCUGAGGAAUGCAGGGUUGAGGGAAUUGGCGAGAGAGGUUUUGGGGAAAGAUGUGGUUAAGCCGAAAAGGGUCACGAUGAGUCGGUGGGACAGUGAGUGGCUGAUUCCGCAGCAAGUGCAGUAUGCUUGUCUUGAUGCAUUUCUUUCGUAUGAGAUUGGAAGGACUGUGAUUCCUGGUGGUGGUGCUAGGGUUUGAUUGGUUUCCGCGGGAAGUGCAGUAUGCUUGCAUGGAUGCAUUUUUUGGUAUGAGAUUGGGAGGAUUGUGAUUCCUGGUGGUAAUAGUUAUUGGGUUUUGUGAUUUUAUUUUUUUUUAAUUUGGAUAUUAUGCGUGAUGAUUUUUUCAGUUUGCAUAUGGUGCACUCAUCCCCUGUUUUCUCUAUGAUUGGGAAAUUUUAGGAACUCUGUAUGAAAAUUUGUCAGUUUUCUUUAUGGAGAUAUGGAAUGUCUUACUCAUGUUGAGAGGCUAUUUCCAUAACCAUAAUCCAAAGUUUGAAUAUAUGGUAGUCUGCUCUCUUCCAUCAAACUUUUCCUUAUAUCCCUAUUGAUUCUACAAUAAUACUAAAUUAAUUAGAACAUAUUUAAUCUUA